UGUUCUUGAGCUUCCUUCUCGUCCGUCUAACUCAACAAAACCCUCUACUUCUGCAAUGGGGUGGCAUGGGAAGGUUUACUUCAGAGGAUGGAGACGUCCAUCAGAGAAAUGGAACAAAUGGGUUCAGACCUUGCGACCCAUUUACCAAUCUUUAUGGAAGCAGGCUGGAACUUAUGAAGCAAUCAUGGGUUCUACAUAUGUAAUCAAACAACAGAGAGAACUUAUUCUUGGGGUUGCAGAAAGGUGGUCUCCGGAAACAAAUACAUUCAUCUUUCCUUGGGGUGAAGCCACAAUAACCCUUGAAGAUGUGAUGGUCUGUGGAGGCUACUCUGUUUUAGGUUCCUCUGUUUCAAGCCCUCUGAGAAGUGAAAAUCUGGUUGCAAUUGAAGAAAAACUUAUAGAAGCAUGCAAGGAAGCUGCAACUAUUGGUGUCACAGUUGCCUCACAUAGUGCUUGGAUGGACUAUUUCAUGGGAACCACCCAUGAACUCCAGCAUGAAGCCUUCCUUUCCCUAUGGUUAUCCAGGUUUGUGCUUUUGUCGUCUAAUUAUCACCAAUUUAUACUAAAGCAUGCUUUCCCCAUUGCAAUCCGUUUAGCCGGGGGUACUCAAUUUGCACUUGCGCCAGUGCUUUGGAUUUGGGAGAGAUUUCCGGCAUUAAGGCCAAUUCCCAAUCCCAUCUCCAUGGAUGAGCCAAGACUAGCACGGUGGUAUGGACUGAGAACUGAGAAUGUUGGUGAUGUUGGGCUGGCCCUAGACUUAGCUGGAGAAAGUUUUCAGUGGAGGCCUUAUGGUGUAGCAAUUAAGAACUGGGAUUUCCCCAAGUUUUAUGGUGAUGAAGAACAAUGGCUUUCAGUUGAUUCUCAACUGGAUGAACAGUCACUGGUAUUUGCUAGAUUUUUGAGGGUUAGUGAGCUUGUUGGGGUAGGAUGCAUUGAGCAGUACCUCCCACAUAGAGUUGCAAUGCAGUUUGGAUUGGAUCAAGACCUUCCUGGAAGCUUUGCCCGCUGCAAUGGAAAUCCCAGAAUUGCUUGGAGGAGUUACAACAGGCCUAUCAAUGAUGCUAAGCUAUAUAUACCACCCAGGCUUUUCGAGUCAGAUGUUAGUACUAGGUACUCAGAUUGGUGGAAUAGAUCAAAUGUAGUCCAGUAUGAUGCUGUCAAACCAUUUGUAAAGAGGCAAAGGAGUUCCAGAACUUUCACAGACAUCUCAGCGAGGAAUAGAGAACAUGAUAGUGACAGCCUCUCAAUCCCUCCUGGUUUUGCCUUGAAACACAAAAUCCUGCAAAAUGUCAGCAGGGAAAACAACAUUGAUAAAACUAUUGUUCAAACUUCAAAUGCAGAUGAUGAAGCUGUUAGAAAGGUGGAACCAUUGAUAAAACAGGAGAAAGAAGAAAUAGAGAGGAAAUUAGGUAUCAAAGAUGGAAAGAGCAUUAGCUGUGGAGAAAUUGAGCUUGAAGCUCGAAUUUUGAGGCUGGAAAGGGAGCUUGCUGAGCUGAAGGCAGAGAGAUUUGGCAACAGAUUGAAGAAGUUUACUGAAGAGGGUUCUUGAUCUGAACCUUUGGAACAAAAUACAGUGUUAUAGAAGGCUGGAAACUCUCAGUGGAAUGAUGCACAGAAGAAUAUGUAUCAUGUAAAUCAACAAGCAGCAUAUGA